AUGGGUCAAUUUGCCAAAGUGGUGGGAGCCAUGAGGCGGCUGCAAGCGGCGAUGACCGGCGAUUUCACUUACGACAAGGUUCCCUCGCGGCAGAUGUCAAUGUAUGAUGAAAUCAACCCGGCAGCUGAUGAUUCGGUCCUCGAAAACAGCGAAUUCACAGCAAAAGAUGAGGACGACGCGUGUGGGCGCUAUCACGAAAGUAGACCGCGGCGGAGAAGAUCCUGUCUUGGUGCUCUGCGGAUUCUGGGAAUCGUGACAGUCGUCAUCCUCGCCGGAGUCGGGGCCGUGGACCUAUUCCAGCGCGCCUCUCACGCGGUUCAGCAGCAACGAGCCGCCCACGACGAGGUGCAGAAGGUGCAUGACUGCUUUCGCUUCUGCGGCUACACGGCCGCCGAAGCCAUUGCGCGUGGAUGCCAGUUCGAGGAGGCCGACAUGCGGUGGGAGCACCCGCGGUGCAUCGAUCACGAGCUCGCCGCUGAAUAUCGGCGCAUGGGGCCCGAGCCAGAUGGGUCAUGGAUAUAUGAGGUUGAUGAUGAAUCAGCGACGGAAGGUGUACCCAUCAAUGAGUUGCGGAGGCGCCCUGUGAACGCCACGGAGCUAAGCAUGCUCGUUCGGCCUGGGAAGGUCGUUUAUGCCAACAUGCGCCACCAUCUGACGCACUGCAUUUUCCGCUGGCGCAAGCAGUUCCGCGCGCCCUUUGUGGGAACAAGGUGGCCUAGCCAGCCGGGUUGGGAGGAGAACCACAUCAAACAUUGCAUGGAUGUGAUUCUCAAUAAGAGAGAUAUCCCUCUGCAGAAUUUCAUGACCAGGGUUGUUUUUGAGUCACCUUAG